UUCCCUGUUAACUAACUUGUCACGUGGGGUGGGAAUCCCGUAAUUCCCAAGGUAACGUCACUCUUUCAUAUAUCGGCGAAGGGAAAAGAAAAGAAGGGCGGAGGACAGUAGCCCAUGGCAACUCGUAAAUACUCUUGGCAUGGCAAGUUUCCCGCCAAUCCCGGUCUCCUGUGGUCAUUGCUAAUCCUCUUCGUUGUUCUCCCAUUUCUUCUGUUCUCCCUUUAUUGUAUUUUACUGGAUUGUUUGACUCAAAACCGCAAGACUGAAAUUUGAAGGCUUUGUUGAAGAUCUUGGUUAUGGGCUAAAUAGCUGAUUAUUGACAUUUAUAUCCAGUAUAAUGGUUCUGGUUGAAUACUUCACGGUGUCUGUUGAGUAAACUCUAACAUGCACAUGAAGUCAACAUCUUUUUGGGUCCCAAAGAAGAAACUGUGCAUAUUGUGGAUCUAGUAUUUGUUUGUUUUAUCAGAAAAUCUACUAUAAAUAAUGGAAGCCCAGCACACAUCACCCCAGUUAUCCCGUGUUGGGGGUUUGCAGAAACAAACAAGUGCACCUCCUUUGGAAAAUAGCUUUGGUUUAUUCGGGUCAGUUCUUUUGCACGGAGAAUUAGACUUGUGGAUUAUGGAAGCUAAAUCGCUCCCAAACAUGGACCAAGUAAAAGGUCUAGCCCAAUUCAAUGACCGUGACACCAGUGACCCUUAUGUAUCCGUUUGUGUAUCAGGAGCAAGUAUAGCCCGGACUGCAGUGAUACGCAACUGUGAAAACCCAUCAUGGGACGAGCAUUUUCGGGCCUCGAUAGCUCACGUGGUUGAUAAAGUUGAGUUUCAUGUCAAGGACAAUGAUGGUGUAGGGGCAGAAAUGAUUGGAACUGUGGAUAUACCCGUGGAUGAUAUCCUCAGUGGGAAUGAAGUCAGUGGUUGGUUCCCCAUCCUUGGAUCUUCAGGCUAUCUAGUGAAAGCCGGUGCUGAAUUGCAUCUCUCUAUUCAGUACAGACCGGCCGCUACCAAUCUUAUAUACAAAGAUGGUAUUGGUGUCCUGAGUGACUCUCUUGGAGUGCCAAACACUUAUUUCCCAAUGAGGAGAGGAGGAAGGGUUACACUUUAUCAAGACGCUCAUGUGCCUGAUUCAAUGCUGCCUGACAUUUUACUUGAUAAUGGGAACUUUUUUAAACAAAAUAAGUGUUGGGAAGAUAUAUGUCACGCCAUCAUGGAUGCCAAACAUUUGGUUUAUAUUGUUGGAUGGUCUGUCUAUCACCGGGUGAAGCUUGUUCGGGAACCUACUAGGCCAUUGCCUUCUCCAGGGGCAAUGUGCCUUGGAGAUUUGUUGAAGUAUAAGUCUCAAGAAGGAGUGCGUGUUAUUCUGCUCAUCUGGGAUGACAAAACAUCAAAUCAUGACUUCCUUCUGAAAACGGAAGGAGUUAUGCAAACACACGACGAAGAAACAAGAAAGUUUUUCAAGCACUCUAGUGUUCAUUGUGUGCUUUGUCCUAGAUCCCCCAGCAAUAAACUCAGCAUUUUCAAGCAAAAGGUUGUUGGAAACCUUUUUACUCAUCAUCAGAAGUGUGUUCUUGUUGACACUGAAGCUCCUGAAAAUUGUAGGAAAAUUACAGCUUUUAUUGGUGGCCUGGAUUUAUGUGAUGGCCGAUAUGACACCCCUCAACAUCGGAUUCUCAAUGAUCUUGAUACUAUCUUUGAAAAUGAUAUACACAACCCUACCUUCUCUGAUUGUGUGUCGGGCCCUAGACAACCAUGGCAUGAUUUACACUGUAAAAUUGAUGGUCCUGCUGCUUAUGAUGUACUGACUAACUUUGAACAAAGAUAUAGAAAAUCCGCAAGACGGAUGUAUUUAAAUAUGAAAAAGAUUAGGCAUCGGAGUGAAGACGCUUUGCUUAAUGUCAGACUAAUCCCGUACAUUAAUCUUCCUUCUGCGGGACCAGAUGGGGAGCUUAGUGUAUGUAUUACCAGCGAAGACGAUCCAGAGAAUUGGCAUGUUCAGGUGUUUAGAUCAAUUGAUUCCGGAUCUGUCAAAGGAUUUCCGAAGGAUGUUAAGGAAGCUGAGGCUCAGAAUCUUGUAUGUGGAAAGGCUUUGCGAAUAGAUAGAAGCAUACACAUUGCAUAUGUGAGUGCUAUAAGAUUUGCACAGCGCUUUGUUUACAUAGAGAAUCAAUAUUUUCUUGGCUCUUCGUAUAACUGGUCGUCACACAGAUAUGCAGGUGCUAACAACCUAGUGCCUAUGGAAAUAGCUCUGAAUAUUGCCAGUAAAAUAGCAGCAUAUGAAGAUUUUGCUGUGUAUAUACUGAUUCCAAUGUGGCCUGAAGGCAUCACUAGCAGUUCUGCAGUGCAAGAAAUUCUUUUUUGGCAGCACCAAACAAUGACUAUGAUGUAUAAAAUUGUGGCACGGGCACUUGAAAGUGCGGGCCUCUCUGAACGCCAUCCUCAGGACUAUUUGAACUUCUAUUGCCUUGGUAAGAGAGAGGCUUCAUCCCCAGGAAGUUAUGACGAACCCAGUACACCUCCGCAUGACCGUGCAUUGGCAAGCAAUUCUGCCUCCCAAAUAAAUAGAUUAUCUCAAAAGUUCCGCAGGUUUAUGAUCUAUGUACAUUCAAAAGGAAUGAUAGUUGAUGAUGAAUAUAUCCUAAUGGGUUCCGCAAAUAUCAACCAGAGAUCUUUGAGUGGUUCCAGGGACACAGAAAUUGCUAUGGGAGCUUAUCAGCCACACAAAACGUGGGCGAACAAGAAAAGUCUUCCUCAAGGCCAGGUGUAUGGUUAUAGAAUGUCUCUGUGGGCCGAGCACCUGGGGGAGCUGGAGGCAUGCUUCCAAAAGCCACACAGUGUCAAAUGUGUUAGGCGUGUGAACGAGAUCGCUAGAUACAACUGGAAAGCGUUUGUGGCAGAGGAGUACCAGGACAUGAGGGGUCAUCUGAUGCAAUAUCCAGUCCAGGUAAGCCGGUCCGGGGAAGUCACCUCCCUCCCUGAUUUUGAGUGCUUUCCUGAUGUCGGGGGCAGCAUUCUGGGUUCCCCCACCAAUCUCCCUGAUGCUCUCACUACAUAGGCAAACACCCCAUCCAAACAUGGAACCAAACUUACGAAACAUCACUUGAAAAAUGUCUUCCUGCUAUGCUUUGUCCAAUGUUAUAGGCUGUGUAUUUUUUUCUUUUGUAGUCUGCAGUAUGUUAAUUUCACGGUAAUUAAUAACACUGAUGCCAUUGCAUUUAUAGUUGAAAUUUCACAAUUCUAUAAGAAUAUGAAAUUAUCUUCA